AUGGCGGACAAAGAUCUGCGCAAAGCAGACGUUACUAGCAUUCUUAUUCCCCUGAAAAUGCCAGUUGGUGACAGAAGUUAUAAGGUUCUCGUUAAUCAGCAGGAAAUACCGUUUAUUGCAUCUAAUCGAGUCCUCAUUACCAACUUCUUGAUGAAAAAUUACCCUAACACUUCUGACACAGAUCCAAUCUAUGUUGAUAUGGACUUGGUGCGAAAUCCACACACAACUGUUACCCAUCCAACACCAAUUAGUUGUAGCAGCCAAAGUCGGGCAUCAACAAACCCAUCACCACUUGCAUGUAGCAGCCAAAGUGGGCCAUCAUCCCAGACAACACCAGUCAGCUGUAGCAGCCAAAGUGGGCCAUCAACCCAGACAACACCAGUCAGCUGUAGCAGCCAAAGUGGGCCAUCAACCCAGACAACACCAGUCAGCUGUAGCAGCCAAAGUGGGCCAACAAGUUCAAGAUAUGAGUGGGGAGUUGGUGUAACUAAGAAACUACUUGUGACAAUUAAAAGCAAAAGUGCCAAAUUUGAGGAGGCUAAAAACAAAAGGAGUGUAUGGUCGACGAUUGCAGAGGAACUUGGGAUGAACCACAUCACUGGGGAUAAGUGCAGGGAGAGGUACUACACACUCAAGAAAGCAUACAGGAAAUUUGUCGAGGACUCCAAAAAAACUGGAAACAAAAGGCCCAAACCAUUCAUCUAUACAGAACUAAUGGCCGACAUAGUGCAGGACGAUCCCACAUUCAUUCCCGUUGCAGCAAAAGGCACCCUUGUCUCACCAAUGGAAUCAGAUGCAGAUGAAAGUGAUGAUAAUGGUUCAGUUCAGCAAAAGAAAAAGAAGAAGAGCCAACCAGAAGAUGCAGAUGAAAGUGAUGAUAAUGGAUCUGUUCAGCCAAAGAAGAAGAAGAAGAAGAGCCAGCUAGAGGAACUGAAGGAAUACAUGCAAGAGCGCGAUGAAAGAUUUAUACAAGCUCUCGGCUCUAUGAACGAAAAACAAAAUAAAUUAAUGGAGAAGCUUAUUGAGAAACUAUAACUAACUGAAUACACGCUGUACUAUUAAAAUUGUGCUCUUAAGCACAAGUUGAUGCC